UCUACGCGGGCAGGAUGGACCAGUUGUAUUUCGGCUCACAAAUCGAGCUUCUUUGCAAGACCCAGGUCCGGUAUGUGGGUACUCUGUACUCUAUCGAUGCUCAAAACCACACAGUAGCUCUCCAGAACGUGCGGUCGUUUGGAACAGAGGGUCGCACAGGUGGCGCCAAUGAGGUCGCAGCCUCGGCCAAGGUCGACGACUUUCUCAUCUUCAAGGGCUCGGACAUUGCCGACUUGCGGGUGGCGGCCGUGGCGGGAGCACCUGAGGCUGUUGCGCCUGCACCUGUGCCUGCACCUGUGCCUGAGCCUGCGCCUACGACUGCGCCUGCGCCUGCGCCCGCUGGGUGGGGCGGGCUGGCGACGCCGGCGCAAACCGAUGCCAGCCAGCCGAGCCAGCAGACGGCUCAGGUGCUGUACGCGCAGCAACAGCAGCAGAUGUACCAGCAGCAGCAGAUGAUGUUGUAUCAUCAGCAGCUGGUGGCGGCGCAGGCGGCACAGGUCAAGGCGCAGGCGCAGGCGGCGGCGGCGACACAGGCGCAGGCUGCUCAAGCACAGGCUGCUCAGGCUCGCCUCCCGGCCCAGCCGCUUGUCCAUCCGCCGGUGCAAUCGGCCGCGCCGACGUCGCUGCUGCCACCGUCGCAGACAUCGCUGCCGACACUCGGCGGGCGGUCUCUGGCGCCCAAGGGCGGCGCGCAGAAGCACGGUGGGCGGCAAGGCGCACGUGGUAAGAACCAGAGCCGGAAUCAGGGCGGGAACCAGGAAGGGAAUCGGCGGAGCCAAGGGAGCGCGCACCCUGCGUCGCGCGCGCCGCCGGCGGUGCCUGACGCAGAGUUUGACUUUGGUGCGGCAAACAAGCGGUUUGCGGCGGCGGCAACGGUGGCGACGGGCGAUCUCGACGAUGACCUGGGCAAGUACGAGAAGUCGUCGUUCUUUGACACCAUCUCCAACGACGCGUCGGAUCGGGCCAAGCGGGCGCAGGCCGGCGUGACCGGCCGUGAGAUGCGGGCCAAGCAGGCCGAGCUCGACUCGGAGACCUUUGGCACGACGGCGUCGACGGCACAGCGGUCGAACAACAACCGCAACCGUAACCGCAACCGCAACCGCAACCGCAACCGCCGCGGCGGAGGCCGAGGCCGUGGCCGCGGCGGGCGGUCAGGCGGCAACGGGAGAAGGACCAAUGCCUACGGCUUUACCUCGUAG